UCCAUUCAUUUUCAGCCGUAGGAUAAAAUGAACCGCUCAGAUCACCACUGAACUCCCGAUCCCGAUCCAAACCGCGACGGCGGCGCCACCCGUCCAUCGCCGCCGCCGCUGCCUCCCAUCCGCAUCCCUUGCCGCCACCGCUGCCUCCCAGGCGGACGCACGGCGCACGUGGGCGGGCUCGCUACGCCCAUGUAUGCAUGGGAAUAUGGGAUGCAUACUCGUCGCGGCCGUCCCGUGCCCGGACUGCUCCUAGCGCACCACCUGCCCGCGGCGUUCCCCUGGGCCUCGCCUCUCCCAAGUCCCAACACCUGCACCAUGCGGGCCGCCGCAGUGUACUGUGUAUCUAAUCUACCAACCUGCAGCAAGCUGUUGAGCCAAGCAAUCCAUUCUUUUCUAAUGUUCCAUGUGGUGGUUGAAAAUGAUGAUGUGCCGACGAGGAUAAUUCAGGUAUUGACUCGAGAAAAAGAUGGAAAGGUGACUUUCAUACCAGUGAAUAGAGUGCACGCUUCGAUUGCCAAUUGUCCACAGAGUUCUGAUUUAGUUCCAUUCUUAAAGCAGUUAAAGUAUCCCGCCAAUCAUCGUCAUGCUUUUGAGCAGAUGUUCUGUUGUUUUCCCCUUCCAAUCGACGUCUAAAUCUUUUGUUGAGCUAUACGGUUAAUUUAGUUCAGGCUCUAUUCUGAUCGCUUGAUCAGUCUUAUCCUUAUCUGCAUUAGCAUGGCUGGUGUUGCCUCUUUGUCAUCAUCUCUUCUGUUCAUCUGUUGCAUGUACCCAUCUCGCCUUUGGUCUGUCUUAUCCUUAUAUGUAUUCUCAUUCAGUUUGUGUGGAUUAUGGUAAGCAUAACGCUGCUCAGGUUGCUGUUGAGACUCUAUUUUCUGAACAGAGGUCCAUUGAAGAUAGUGGCUUACUCUAAUUAGGAGGCAGACUAGAAGUUUGCAUGUUUACCUCAACCAUAUUUGAUCAAUAUAAGGUUGUGAAGCUCUUGAGGUCCACCUAAACACAAUUCUGUUACUAAUGUUUUCGAUAUACCAUCAGGGGGCUGUUGCCUGUUGGUAUUUGUUUCAUUCUGUGUUGAAACUUCUCUAGUAUCAUGUUUGCUGAACAAGCCAUUCCAGUUUUUUUAGUGCAUGAACUUUGUUUGUUUGACAGGGCAUUAGAAAUGUAAAAGAAAGGUGCUCUUCAUGUAAAAAUCUAGAUUAUUAUACUGGUGGUAACAGACACUUAGUUUGACCAUUCAUUUAUGGAUGUUGGCACAUACAUACACUUUGUGUUUACCUGCAAUCAUGUACAUUGGUUGUUCUAUGGCCAUCAAACAGCUCUCUCUAUGUUGUUAUUUAGUUAUUUCUGCUAUCGAAGAUCAGACAUAGGUAGAAGCUUCAAGUGUUGACCGACAAAUCUAUUUUUUCUAGAAUGCGACCGACAAAUAUUUGGUGCUGACCCAAGACAAGCAACCCCAUUGAAGUGCUAUGUUGGCAUAAUAAAUUUCGAGUGUUAUUACACUACAGUUUAUAUUGAUAUUUUUUUGAGUAAUUUUACAUUGAUGGUCAUCGAAAGGGGCAAGCGAUAGGAAGAGGCUGAUGCUUGUCAUGACAUGGUAUAAAUUGUUGAAGUUUGUUGCAUAAAACACUAUUUUGGUCUAAGUUUUUGUACAUUUUAUUUUUCAUUAUUCCAUUGCAUUGUACGAGCACUUAACUACAUUUCUUGAUAUUGUAGUUAAACCGGUGUUUUUCUCAUUUUCUCAGGCAGAUACUAUUGUAAUCUUAUAUUGAAAUAAUAGUUUGGUGACUUUGUGGAUUAGUAUCCUCUUGUGAUCAGUUUUCCAUCAUUGUCUUACAUUGUCUCGACCCUUUAGCAUCUCAAAUAUAGUCAGCAUAAAAAGAGAGACCGUACCUUGAUUCUGACAAUGGAAUUCGGGUUGCAACAUCAUUGUCAUUCUUUUAUUUUCUCUUUUCAGAUUUUGGUUCCUGCUAAAUGUUGGCUUGUCUUGCAGAUGCCACCUUGUGUUUUUGAGUUCUAAUUGCUUGCUAUCAUGAUUUUCGUGGAAACUGAAUCAAUCGCCUCUUUUCUUAAAAAAAAGGGACCGACCUCUUUAACAUUCAGGAUGGAGGCAAUGCUUCACAUAUAACUUGGUUUGUGCAGAGAUUUGAUAAUUAUAAGCAUCUUCCCUUUUUGAACUGUUUGGAAUGAAGAUUGCAUACCCCUUGUACCAUUUUCUUCUAAAAUGGUCAGGCACUAGAAGGUAUGCUGUUUGCACUUCUGAAUUAAGUACCUCCGAAUAAAAUAUCAGCUCUCAAUACUUUAAGCUGGACGAUAUUUACUCACCUAUAGGGUAGUUUUACCAGUAGUACAAUGAUAUUCAUGAUAUGAAAGCUAUCACAUACUCCUGGUUGAUUGUUUGGAUAGCGCACAAUUUACAUCUUCAUCUCUGCAGAUUGGCAUGGUUGAGUGCCUUGAAUUUGGGGAUAUAUAUAGUAUAUAACAGCGGGAAGCGCCGUCGAUCGGAAGAUGAAGCAGGAGGUCUCCCUGAGGUUGCACGGCACAGAGUCCCAGGAGGCGACGCUGGAUAUGUUACAUGUAGUUGAUACCUCUAAACAUGUAGCAGGUCCGGAGACGCCAAGGGCUGCCUUGGGAUUAUUAUUUUUUCUGUUGGAUUGGAUUAGGAUUAGGAUUAGGAUUCCGAGGUUAGAAUAGAUCUACCGCCGAUUGCUCGUUCCUAUAUUAUUCCCUCCAGAGAUCGACACGCCUACACAAGUACGACCAUCAUCCAUAUGGGAUCCUUCUUCUCCUACCUUGCCGGCGCCAAGAUUUCACCUUGCAGUUUACGCCUCCCUCUCACCGACGCCGAGGUCAAGACUGCCGCUUUGUCAUAUGAUGCCAUCAUGGCGAUUGGUGUCCAAGGCCCCAGCCCGCUCAUGCAGGAGGAGCUCGUCGCCGGCUAUCACUGGAGACUUGCCCGUGAGGCCCUCGAAGAGUACAACUACGACAACCAGGAUCGGCCCGAGUUCCAGUAUCUUAUUGGGAAGACGGCCAUGGAGGCCAAGAAGGGGAUGCAGAUCACGGUCGCCUGCGUCGGUCUCAGGGAACAUUUCUGGUACCACGUCAGCUUCUCGGCUCGCCGCAAGGGCCAAGACGAGCGCCGCUUCUUCGCCGAGCUACGCUACGAUCCAUACUUCCACGAACUGUUCGUCGAAACCUGCACCAUCUUAGAAGAGCCGUUGUGCCGCUUCAGAAGCAGCUGCGCAUUCUGUCCAGAUGACUCCGAGAUUUUGCACCCGAGCGAAACGGAGUUUGCGUGUGGAAAGGAGGGACACGAGAAGGAGUUCUUCCGCGAGAGAGAUAUUCUUCGGAGACCGUUCCUGAAAAGAUCAUAGGAUCGACGAUGAUAACUCAACUCUUAGAGUACUCUGCUUUUUAUUGUAGGCUAUAUAGCUAUUGUUUUCUCUUUUUCUCUACCCUCUGCUCUCACUCUCUGUAUUUGUAGUUAGCAUGGUGUGCAUAGUUUUAGUAAAACAAAUUGCUCAAAUAGACAUGUACCUUGUGUCAAAUCAAUGAUAGUUUCCGAGCUCUUUUACGGGGCAAAUCAUCAAAUCUUAAAUAAGGACUUUUCA